GCAUCCUCUCGUGUCGCAAACCACCACGAUAAUGCUUUUCUGAGCGUCUUCCAUGCCCUUUACCGCCGUUAAGCUUCGUCUGUCCUAUGCCGCUCCAAAUCCACCCGUACCGCCAGGGCUCGAAAGGCCAUGAACCCCACUACCUCCCACUCCUCCAAGACCAGCUCCACGCCCACGGCCUCGUCCCUCCGACCUCGCAACCGCCGCUUAAUAUCCGGGCUCGAUGAUGAGUCCGACGUGAAUCCCACGAGCGGACAGAACACUGGCAAAUCCUCGCCUUUCGCAUCACCCUUCACUUCUCGAGCCGCGUCACCCAUGCCAAGCACGAACCUGUCCAGGGCCGAAUCCUCAAGGACAACCCCACGGUCGAACCUUUCCGGCAUUGGAAGCUCAGCAGGCAUAUUUGGUCAGGCAAGCAGUCAGGAGGCUGCUGCAGGUUUCUCCGGCCUUCUUGGAAAUUCCUGGUCAGCAAUACAAGGGCUCGCCUCCAAUGUCUUAGGAAGUGAUACGUCUCCAGAUGGCAAGCAAUCACGGCGGAGGAGACCAUUGCAAGCUACCCAUCGCAGAACGGCUAGCAGUGCGCCACCGAAACAAUGGGGGCCCUCCGCGUCAUCGGGUCCACAGAUUGGCGCAGGAUCACAGGAAGAGAGGGAGAACAUGGUCAGGGCAUUGAAGCGGAGAGACCUUCUCGCUGCAGACGGGGAUAUCUAUCCAGAUGCCGUGGGGCGGAUAAAAAGGCGGAAUUCCGACGAGCGCCUCUCCACAUCUGCUCCACCAGCUGAGCAGGACGAUCGGGAUGCAUUGGUCUACGUUCAUCGCGUUCGGCCAGAAGACACCCUCGUAGGAAUCACCAUUCGAUAUAAUUGCCAGCCAGCUGUGCUACGGAAAGCAAAUCGGAUGUGGCCGAAUGACACUGUUCAGACUCGGAAAACAAUUGUAUUGCCGGUGGAUGCAUGCGGAGUAAAAGGGCGGCCAGUCUCGGACCAUAGUACUCACGUAGAAGACGACCUUCUCCUUGGUGGAUACGGAGAUAGCACAUCGGAUAGCGAACGGACUCCUACACAGACUCCUACCCUCACCAAUGGAUGGCAUUCCACGAACCAAAUCACAUCAGCACCACGACCACACUCGUCAACAUCUAACACAGAUUCCGAGCCACCUUGGAAACACGAAUCCUGGGUCAUGCUCCCGAACGACGCGAACCCCACCGAAGUCGCGCGUCUCCCGCGUCGAACCCUGGGCUUCUUCCCACCCGCACGCCGGAAAUCUCUUACGUUUUCGGACACCCCCACUGCAUCCUCCUCCUUCGACCUUCCUCGCUCCUCGCUCUCCACUGUAUCUUCCCACGCCCAUUCGCCCUCUCUGAUUAGUGUCAAAGGCGGCAGCACCACGACUAUCACACCCAUCGCGAGCAACAGCCCCCCAACACGGCCCGGCGCCCGCCAGCGCACAUCAAGCCUAUCACAGUUCCACCUCCAUGGGCCCGGUGGCGUCGGUACCAUGGGAAAGAACGUCCGCAGCCCUGGUCCCGCUCAAGAUGGCCUGAAUAAGCUCUUCGCCUCGCACCUCCCCAGCGUCGCGCCACCCCCAGGACAGGAGUAUUUCACGCCCUGGAAUCCUGGUCUCGUAGAUGAUGCCGGCCUUUAUGGUUCUGACAUCCCGAGCUCCUUCCAGACGGCCAAUAGUGGCGGACGCGUUGCAGGAGGCGGCGGUAUCGACCUCGAGAACGUCGGCGGUGCGAUCGAGAGCUGGAUGCGGAAGAUGGCGAAAGGGGCGUCGACUAUGCUUGAGCCGUCCACCAAGAACGGAGCAGGCAGGGGCUCGGCGGUCCCUGUGAUCGGCGUCGUUGGUGGAGACAUGGGCGACCUGAUUGAGCUGCGCGAUGACGCUUUCGACGUUGGCGGCGGCGGCGACGACGAUGAAGACGAGCUGGGAAGGGGGCGAAGGACCACGGAUUCUUUAAGUGCCCCAUCCGGUUCUGGUCUCUAUGGUAGCGGGAGGGCGGAUUUGGGAGCGGCCGUAAGAGAUCGAGGGAGGGGAAGGAGCGGAGGGACGAAGAAGGAUUGAUUUCAUCGCUCGGUUAGCUGAGCAGUAUUCACGGCGGGCGAGUUCCUCGUUUUAGCGUUCUUGAGGUGUUUGGAUGGCGAGGGGUAUGUUUUGAUAUUACCCAGACCCCUUGUAGUUGGAGGCCGUUUUGGGUUUGAGUUUUCAGCGGCGUUGGGAGAGUGGGAGUCUGUAGCAUUUAAUUCGAGGUAUUUUGAAGACUGUGUGGC